UUAUAGAUUUUAACCGCCAAAUAGAUGUAAUAAUUUAUCAAUUAAAUAAUACAAAUUUUUAAAAUAAUUGUUUACAUCUACAAAAGAAAUAAUAAUAUAGUAUUGUUAAGUUUAUCGGUUUUUUUUUAUUUUUAUAAAUUUGGUUUCAUUCAACAUUUUUCUGUAAACUCGUUUUGUUUAUUUUAGUAUCUAAAAUGUCAACUGAGCCACCUCCAACUAAAAAAUCUAAGCUGUUUGGGAAAGAUACUAGCACCUCUUCACAAAGCAAUUUUUUAAAAGAUAUAUCAGAACAAAGGAAAAAAACAGCUCCUUCUGUAAUGGAAUUCAAAUAUAACAAGAAACGUAUCAGAGUUUUAUCUGAAGUUAAAGAAGUUCCUCAGUGGGCAGAUGGUGUUAUUUAUUGGACUUUUAGAGAUGAGCGUAUUCAUGAUAAUUGGGCAUUCCUUUAUGCUCAAAAAUUAGCUUUAAAAAACAAAGUGUCAUUGCAUAUUACAUUUUGCAGAUUACAAAAGUUUUUGGAUUGUAGUCUACGUCAUUAUAAACAUAUAUUUGAUGGUUUAAAAGAAUUAGAAGCUGAAUGCAAUUCAUUAAAUAUACAAUUUCAUUUUUUGAUUGGUUGUGCAGCUGAUGUCUUACCUGACUUUGUUAAAAAACAUAAAUUAGGUGUCAUUGUAGUUGAUUUCAUGCCUCUUCGAGAGCAUAUAUCAUGGGUAAAGCAGCUUGCUAAAAGUGUUGGAUCAGAAAUUCCAGUUGUGCAAGUUGAUGCUCAUAAUAUUGUACCCUGUUGGGUUGCAUCUGAUAAAUUAGAAUAUUCUGCUAGGACAAUAAGGAAUAAAAUAAAUAAUAAGCUUUCAGAAUUUUUAACAGAAUUUCCCCCUAUUAUUAAACACCCAUACAGUGGCAAGCUGAAAGCUCAAGCAACAAACUGGAAAGAAGCUGAUAAAACACUUGAGGUGAAUCGAGAUGUUGAACAGGUUCUUGGAUUAAAAGCUGGGUAUAAAUCAGGAAUGAAUGAAUUAGAAAAUUUUAUAAUAAAAAGAUUGGCAAAUUAUGCUACUGCCCGUAAUAAUCCUUUGAAAAAUGCACUAAGUAAUCUUUCUCCGUGGUUGCAUUUUGGUAAAUACUAAAAAUAAUAAAGAUUU